CCCGCCGCCCCCAUCGAGACUCAGCCCGCUGGCGAUGGAGGGGGGGAAGCCGUUCCCGGUCCUACCCGACCCGGGCCGGUCCCCCAUUCCUCUCCCCCGGCGGAUUCGGUGAUGCGACACGACUACAAACCUUGGAAGGUGCAGCGACCGGAGCCGAGCUGCAAACCCAAGAGCGAGUACCAGCCCUCGGAUACUCCCUUCGAGAAGGAGACGCAGUACCAGAAGGAUUUCCGUGCCUGGCCCAUCCCCAAGAGGGGGGACCAUCCCUGGAUCCCCAAACCGGGACCUUCCCCCGUCCUCGCCUUGGACCGCGGGUCUCCGGAGAAACCAGCUCAGGAGAAGCGACGGAAGGUGUUACCCGGGGCCGAAAAAAAAGAGGAAGACCCCGAGGUGGAGGAUGAGCAUCCCAAAGGGAUGCGGGCCGGGGAUGGGAGAGAGAAGGGUCGGAAGAAGGCGGAGGAGGCGGGCGGGCAGCCGCCGGAGGCGGGCAGGGGCCGGGCGGCCGCCGAUGCUCUCAACAGGCAGAUCAAGGAGGAGGUGGCGGCGGGGGUCAGCUCGUCCUACAGAAAUGAGUUCAGACCCUGGAUAGAUGUCAAGCCUGUGAAAGCUAUAAAAGCGAAGGCCCAGUACAAGCCACCAGAGGAGAAAAUGACCCACGAAACCAGUUACAGCGCUCAAUUCAAGGGGGAAACCAGUAAGCCUGCUCCAGCCGAUAACAAAUUCCUGGAGCGCAGAAGGAUACGCACUCUCUACAGCGAACCCUACAAAGAACCGCCAAAGGUGGAAAAGCCUAGCGUAAAGCCUUCCAAACCAAAAAAGACCACAACAAGCCAUAAACCCCUGAAAAAGGCCAAAGACAAGCAGAUUGCAUCUGGCCGGGCUGCCAAGAAAAAGAGCGCCGAGACCUCCAACACAGUAAAGCCAGAGGACAAGGAGAAAAGUAAAGAGAUGAACAAUAAACUGGCUGAGGCAAAAGAGUAAAUGUCACUGCACUUUCCUUUCUUUCUCAUUUUUUUUCCUUUUCUUUCUUUCUUUUUUUCUUUCUUUCCUUUUUUUUUUUUCUUUGAUUAAAUAAAGGCCACAAAAUUAAUUAGAGGCUUCUAAUCUGCUUUUUGUUCUGAUUGUAUUAGAAGCUUUUCUGUUUUAUUUCCAAGGAGGAUUAGGGAAUCCUUGUUUCCGAGGUCAGGUUGUUCUGCUUUGCCUGCACAACACGGCUCUGCACAGAGUGAGGGACGUGGGAAUGCACUAGCGAGAUCGUAGGAGAUGAAGGUGAUGGAUCAACCAUGAUUGCGUCCAACAGCCUGUCCCUUUCUUCGGGCUUGGUCCUUCAAUGCUUUGAUGGCGUGGAAGUGCCCGUUGAACCAUGGAGAGGCUGUGCUCUCAUCCCAUGAGGCUCUUUUGGGGCUGGCCGUUGUUUGGUCAUCUCCCACUGGUGUCAGCAGGUGCAGAGUUUUGGAGGCAGAGAGGAUCAGAGAUUCAUUUGUGGUGCCAUGGAUCUGCUGUAAGUCAGCUAGAAUCAGUGGUGUGGCCAAGAGCAAUUUCCCCUGGUGACACCGGUCGGACUUUUGCUCCAAGAAGCAACAGGGAAGGAGAUCCCAUGCAAAUAAAGGGCCAAGUCUUCACCCAGGAUAGCUGGGGGAUAGUUCUAGCUGCAUCAAGGCAGCUUCA